CAAAAUCGAUGUCGGAUAGGAGGAAAUAUUAUAAGAUGGUUCAACACACAUGACUUCCUGUCUCUGCUAAAUUACCAGAGAUUCCUGUCUCUGAAACUACCAGAGAUUAGUCUCUAACAGGUAACAAAACAUGGAGUUUGCUGAAUUCAUUAAGAAACCCAUGGUCAACAAUGUGGUUUUAUGGAAGCCAUUCCGUAAAUCUGUUGAAGGGACACUGUGUAUAACAGGUCACCACCUCAUUCUGUCGUCAAGGAAGGAUAACAAGGAGGAAUUAUGGUUGCUACACAACAAUGUUGACAGUAUAGAAAAAAAACUCUCUCAGCCUGGUGGAAUUCUCUCCCUGAAGUGUAAAGACUUCACACUUGUUGCCCUCGAGUUUCAGUCAGCAGAAGACUGUCUUAAUGUCGGAGCUUCGGUAGAACAGCUCUCCAAUAUAGACAACUUGACAUUGAGCUACCCAUUUUUUUACCGGGCCAUGUUUGAGCCCCUGGAGGAUGGAUGGCAGGCGUUUCUCCCUGAGAACGAGUACACACAGUGUAAAGAAUGCUCGGAAGAUUGGAGACUCAGCUAUGUCAACAAGGACUAUUCGGUGUGUCCAUCCUAUCCACAUGCUGUCGUUGUACCGAAGACAGUUGAUGAUGAUACCCUUGUAAAAGCGGCCCAGUUUCGUCAGCAUGGCCGGUUUCCAGUUCUGAGCUAUUACAGUAAACAGACUAAGGCAGUGAUGAUGCGGAGUAGUCAGCCCCUGACGGGUCAGAACAAUAAGCGAUGUCGGGAAGAUGAAAAGCUGGUCAAUUCUGUGCUUGGCAUAGGCAAGCGUGGUUACAUAGUGGACACAAGAUCAUCAAGUGCUGCAAAGUCCGCCCAAAGUAAAGGUGGGGGCUAUGAACCUGAGGCUCACUACUCACAGUGGAGGAGGAUUAACCAGCCUAUAGAACGCCGACAACACUUCCACGAGUCCCUGAUCAAGUUAAUGGAAGCUUGUAGUGAUAAUGGCGCGAGUAUGGACAAGUGGCUGUCCAAACUGGAAUCCAGUAACUGGCUGUCCAACAUCAAAGACAUUCUCACCUGUGCUUGUACUGUAGCACAGUGUAUGGACUCUGAGGGAGCUUCAGUGUUGGUCCAUGGAUCAGAGGGACUUGAUACAACACUUCAAGUUACCUCCCUUGUACAACUGAUCCUUGAUCAUGACUGCCGAACCAUUAAUGGGUUUGAAGCAUUGGUGGAGAGAGAAUGGCUUCAGGCAGGGCAUCCCUUCAGUGACCGAUGUGCCAAGUCAGCAUAUGCCACAACCAAAACACGACAGGAGUCUCCGACAUUCCUAAUGUUUCUCGACUGUGUCUGGCAGAUCUGGCAACAGUUUCCGUGUUCAUUUGAGUUUACUGAAGAUUUCCUCGUCAUUAUACUACAGCAUGCAUAUUCCUCACAGUUUGGUACAUUCCUGUGUAAUAACGAAAGGGAGAGAAGACAUUACCGUUUAUCAAAGAAAACCGUUUCUCUAUGGACCUAUUUAGCUCGACCUGAAGUUUUGGGUAAUUUCCUCAAUCCAAUGUAUGAUCCUAAUCCAAGAGUCAUUUGGCCGUCUGUCGCUCCACAAAGUUUGAGUUUAUGGGCAGGACUGUACCAGCGAUCAAUAAUCAACCAAUCAAAACAAAAGGAGGCGUGGCAAGAAAUCACAAAGAUUAGAGAGUAUGACAAAGAGCUGAGGUCAAAGGUUACAAAACUCCGAAGGCAACUGGCAUCACUGGAGCGGGAAGCCCUGGGGGCGGGGGUAAUCAUGCCCGCGGGACUGGAUGUGGACUGUACCAUUGAUUAAUAUACCCCACGACAUAAAUAGAUGGACCAAGGGCUUAAAACAAAAGUGAUCAACCAAGAAUUUCAAGCACCUGUUUCGUUAGCAUAUAUCAAACUGGUUGUAAUUUCAUGGACAUACUCGACAGUUAAUGGCAAAUUAUCCCCACCUAUGGACUGGAGUAAAGAAAUAUUUACAACGUUUGGAAAAUAAUCUCUUUUACUUAAAAACUUGUAUCCAGUUAAAGUGUUGUAUUAGAUAAGAAAAAUAUUGAUUUGACCACCGUUUUAAAAUAUCCAAAAAUUGUAUUUAUUCUUUAGCAUUGUAUCUGUAUUUCUGUUGUUACUAACUGAGCAGUUUCUGAUGAAAAAAAAGUUUAAUCUUAGGAAACAGAAGAUUUAACAGCCAUGUCAAAUGUCAAAUAAGCUUAGAUAGAUAUUGUGGAGGUGUAUAAACAUGUCUGUAUGUGUAGCUAUAGAUGUGAUUAAAAAAAGCAAAAAGGUGUAAAAAGAUAAAGCACUUUGUGUAUCGUACAUGAAUGAAAGUCAGAACUAACACAUGCGUGAUGUCAAUAUGUAUAAACCUUGUACUAGAAAAGAGCUUAGGGUUACCAGUGUAGUUUAAACUAACAACAGAUUAAGAAUUUCAUUCGUGAGGCGUACAUGUACUAUCCUAAACUUUAUCAGUUACUUCAAUGAUUUCAGUGGUCGAGGUGAUUGAAUAUCCAAUGACUAAUAUUGAAUGUGUUUUGGAAAAAUCAGAGAGUUAGAUUUAAAAAGUAAAAAAGUGACAAACACUGAAAGUAGAUAAUAAGAGUAUAAAUGAUCAUGUAAAUCUUUACUGUUAUGUAAAACAGCGGAUAAACUGUAAAAAUAUACUACAGAAGUUACUUCUCAUUGUAUACUACAAUACAUCCCUUUAUAACCAAACCAAUUAUUACUGUUACAAGUAUUGUGAGCACUCUUUAGCUAGUUAGUUAGUAUAGAUGUAAGAGACUGCUAUUUAUAUGUACAGUACUUCUUACUUAGGAACCAUUGUUUUAAAAACCUACCUGAAUUGUGACAAGUUGUCGUUAUAUGAAAUGUGACAAGUUGUCGUUACUUGAAUUGUGACAAGUUGUCGUUACUUGAAUUGUGACAAGUUGUCGUCACUUGAAUUGUCACAAGUUGUCGUUACAUGAAUUGUGACAAGCUGUCAUUACUUGAAUUGUGACAAGCUGUCAUUACUUGAAUUGUGACAAGUUGUCAUUACAUGAAUUGUGACAAGUUGUCAUUAUUUGAAUUGUGACAAGCUGUCAUUACUUGAAUUGUGACAAGUUGUCGUAACUUGAAUUGUGACAAGUUGUCAUUACUUGAAUUGUGACAAGCUGUCAUUACUUGAAUUGUGACAAGUUGUCGUCACUUGAAUUGUGACAAGUUGUCGUUACAUGAAUUGUGACAAGUUGUCGUUACUUGAAUUGUGACAAGUUGUCGUUACUUGAAUUGUGACAAGUUGUCGUUACAUGAAUUGUGACAAGUUGUCAUUAUUUGAAUUGUGACAAGCUGUCAUUACUUGAAUUGUGACAAGUUGUCGUAACUUGAAUUGUGACAAGUUGUCAUUACUUAAAUUGUGACAAGCUGUCAUUACUUGAAUUGUGACAAGUUGUCGUCACUUGAAUUGUGACAAGUUGUCGUUACAUGAAUUGUGACAAGUUGUCGUUACUUGAAUUGUGACAAGUUGUCGUUACUUGAAUUGUGACAAGUUGUCGUUACAUGAAUUGUGACAAGUUGUCGUUACUUGAAUUGUGACAAGCUGUCGUUACUUGAAUUGUGACAAGUUGUCGUUACUUGAAUUGUGACAAGUUGUCGUUACUUGAAUUGUGACAAGUUGUCGUUACUUGAAUUGUGACAAGUUGUCGUUACUUGAAUUGUGACAGAUUGUCAUUAUUUGAAUUGUGACAAGUUGUCGUUACUUGAAUUGUGACAAGUUGUCGUUACUUGAAUUGUGACAAGUUGUCGUUACUUGAAUUGUGACAAGUUGUCGUUACUUGAAUUGUGACAGAUUGUCAUUAUUUGAAUUGUGACAAGUUGUCAUUACUUGAAUUGUGACAAGUUGUCGUUACUUGAAUUGUGACAAGUUGUCGUUACUUGAAUUGUGACAAGUUGUCGUUACUUGAAUUGUGACAAGUUGUCGUUACUGAAACUGUGACAAGUUGUCGUUACUUGAAUUGUGACAGAUUAUUGCUUCGUUGUACUGUGAUAAAGUUCAGGUGUCUGUGUAUGUCUGUGUAGCUGGCUAAUACAGUUUGUCUAAAGCCUGUGUGAUCAGCAAAAACUUCUAUUUAUCUGCUUCAGUCGCAUGGAAAUUGAGGAUGAUGGGACGGGGGUGUUUAUACUGUAAAGGUUGUGUUCAUAAGAUACAAUAUUGAAAUAGAAUGGAGAUCUCCCAAUGCUUGUUCUUCACUACAUUUGGGUUGAAGGUCCCAGACUGAAAGAGAGACUUGUGACUUCAAGAGGAUAUGCAUUUUCCUCAUUAUUACCCUCCCUUGUUUUCGUAAUGUAAUUGAAUUCCUAUGACCCCCAACUUAAUUGACACUGUAUUAUUUUGAAACACUGUUAGCCUGAACUCAGACUAUUUUUCUGAAAUUAGAGAUUUCAAGUUUUACAGUAUAUAAUCCUGGGAGAUUUCCAUGUGUACAUAGUAACAAGUGGGCUUGUGCAAUAGUAAUGUAUUAAUAUCCAUGUACUGAUUUAGUAACCAUGCUGGUCAUGUGUAAAGCUAACUAGGCCACAAAUAUCACCAAUAUAUAAUUAAAACAUCCACCUGACCCUGGGACUCCAGAAUGAAUCACUUCUGUCCAUGGUGGGGUUUCCUACAUCUUACUAAUUCUAUUACAUAGAAAGGAAAUUAUCCAAAAAAAUUCUAUAGGUGGUACCCCAAAACAAAACCUGGAGUCCACGGGAUGGGUAGAUAUUUUACUGGAAUAGCCCAGGGCCCUAAUACACUUUUAAAUCGAUGUGUAUUUAUAGAAAUAUCCAUGCUCGGGAUAGGAUAUCUUUGUAAAAGCAUUGAGCUUCUGAUCUAAUAAUGAUAAUUUGUGAACAGCUUUGGGACGGCUCUGUUGCUGUGAUGGAACAGUAUAUCAAACUCCCAAAGUAUUAUUCAGAUAGUAUUUUAGAAUUAGCAACAACAACAAAAAAAUUCUAGUCCACAGCAAAAUUUUACUCCUAAUAUGCAAUGUGUAACUGCCGUGAUAUUUUUGGUUUGGCUGAAGCUUAUGUUUGAAAAAUGAUAUAUAUAUAAUUAUUUGUUCUUGUGAUGUAACUGAUAUAUACUGGUGAUGUUACUAUAAAUAGGACCUGUUACUGUAUGUAUACUAUGUUUUCAUUGGCUGUUCAUGUAAUUCAAUCUAUUCAAUAUUUGAAAUGUGCACUAUGGUGAUUAAUAAAUUUAAAAAAAAACA